AUGAUUGGUGCUCAGAAGGAGAGCACAGAAAAAGCUGACAGUCGUUAUGUCGAGCUGGGUCUCGUCCCUCCCCCGCCUGACCACGGCGAAGAGGAGGCGCGGAAAAAGGAGGUAAUUAAAGCCGUCCUUAGGCCCGGAUCGGGCAAGAUCCAAGCUAAGAAGGAGCGGCGAUUAGGGAGAAUACCGAGCAUAGUGUUUGAGCAAGAGGAUGGUCACCUGGGCGGGCGAAAACGGCUGGUGUCCGUCGAUCGGAAGCAGAUCGGACGGCUGGUGAAGAAGUUCGGGCGGCCGUUCUUCGUGUCGCAGGUGUUCGACCUCGAGAUUUCCGCGGAGGGCGCGGAAGCGGCGGAGGGGGGAACGGCGGGAGCGGAGGGCGCGGAAUCCGCGGAGGGGAAAGCGGCGGGAGCGGAUGGGGGGGCGGAAGGAUCAACGGUGGAGAGCGUCCGUAUGAGAGUGAUUCCGAAGCUGGUGCACUGGCAUGGAGCCACGGACGAGAUUCUCAACGUGACCUUUCUCAAGCUGCCCGAACGCGAAAGUGCGCGAGUUAAAGUGCCCGUGCCAUUGGUGUUUGUGGGCGAGGAUGCCUGCCCGGGCAUAAGGAAAGGAGGUUGGCUCUACACCAUGCGUCGCACUCUCCCGUUCUCCUGCCCGCCCUCCGCCAUCCCCCCAUUCGUCGAAGUCGAUCUCUCAGCGUUGGAUGUGGGCCACAAGAUCACCCUUGCUGACGUGGCAAGGCAGGUGGAUCCACGGCUCAGAUUGCUCCUGGCAGAUGUGUCUCAUCCCGUCUGCAAGAUAGCUGGCAGCAGGUCAUUGGCCAAGGAGGCAACGCCUGCAUAA